GGACAGAGACCGGGGCCGGAACAAGCAGCAGCCGUCUAGAUCACAGCUGACGGGACAGAACGGGCUGUGGAUCUCUGGGGAUUCUGCUUCUGGAUACACGGAGCACAGGAGUGUAUUAUUGGGGAUCCUCAGAGGUGUUCCCUCCAGUGUAGUGGACCGCCAUUACAAUGUUGUGGGUAGUGUUGCUCCUAUCUUGUGGGGUCCCCGCUGCUUUUCUUCCAUCACCCCGAUGCCCAGCCCGCUGUGAUCUCUCCUCCUGCCCGCCAGCACCCACAAACUGCCCAUCUGGAGAGACUGCUCUGCGCUGUGGGUGCUGCGCAGUGUGCGCUGCAGACGAAGGGGAGAGAUGCGGGGAGGGACCUGCGGAUCCUAUUUGCGCCUCUGCCCUGAGUUGUGUGAAGAGUGCAGCAGGGGGUGCCCGGACAUGCCAGUGCCCAUCACCCCAGCCUGUGUGUGGAAGUGAUGGCAAGACAUACAGCAGCCUGUGCAAGCUGCAAGCAGAGAGUAAAGCAGUGCAGAUCCAGGGGUCUGCAGCCAUCAUCCCCAUCCAGAGGGGAGACUGUCAGCAAGGACAGAAGGACCCUGACAGUCCUCGCUAUAAAUACAACUUUAUUGCUGAUGUGGUGGAGAAGAUUGCACCAGCUGUUGUGCACAUUGAGCUGUUUCGCAUGUUCAAUUUUUUUGGAAAACGGGAAAUUCCAGCAGCCAGUGGCUCCGGCUUCAUUGUCUCAGAAGAUGGGUUGAUUCUUACCAAUGCCCAUGUGGUCACAAACAAGCAAAGAUUAAAAGUGGAGCGCAGUGACGGGUCCACGUAUGAUGCCAAAAUCAUAGAUGUGGAUGAAAAAGCCGACAUUGCCUUAAUCAAAAUCAAAGCAAAGGGGAAAUUACCUGUUCUGCUCUUGGGCCGGUCUGAAGACCUGCGUCCAGGGGAGUUUGUCGUUGCCAUUGGAAGCCCAUUCUCACUUCAGAAUACAGUCACAACAGGUAUCGUGAGCACUGCACAACGUGGUGGAAAAGAACUGGGCCUUAAAAAUUCUGACAUGGAGUACAUACAGACGGAUGCUAUCAUUAAUUAUGGGAACUCAGGAGGCCCUCUUGUGAACCUGGACGGUGAGGUGAUCGGAAUAAACACUCUAAAGGUUACUGCUGGCAUCUCUUUUGCUAUUCCAUCAGAUAAAAUCCGCAAGUUUCUUGCCGAGUCACACAGCAGACAGUCCGCAGGCCAGGGAAAUAAGAAGAAAAGAUACUUGGGGAUAAGGAUGCUGUCUCUCAGUCCAGGCAAAGUAAAGGAACUGAGGGAACAAGUAAGGGAUUUCCCUGAUGUGACCUCUGGAGCCUAUAUUGUAGAAGUUCUUCCAGAUACACCAGCAGAAGAGGCUGGGCUGAAGGAAAGUGAUGUGAUAAUCAGCAUUGGCAGUCAGACUGUGACAUCCAGCAAUGAUGUCAGUGAAGCCAUAAAACAGGAAGGACCGCUACGUAUCGUAGUACGCCGUGGGAAUGAGGAUAUUGCCAUUACAGUGACACCAAAAGAAAUUGAUUUAUAAUGGAAGAAAUGAGCUGGUUUCAUAGGUCUUCCAAGCUAUAGAUCCAAACAUUGACAUUGCACUUGUGAGGACACUGUGUAUAAGCACUGAAUAUUAGUGAUCCCCCCUCAACCCAAAAGUCCCCUUCAGCUUUUGGUUACAGAACCCUCUUCCUGUGCAACUUCAUGACCCCCCGAUUGGUGUGCGCCCUUCUCAGAAUAACAUGCUGGUUUGUGUGUCUUUAAGGGGUUUUCUCUCUCUAUGAUUGUUUUUUUUACAAACAGCUAAUAACAGUAUACUCACCUUACCAAUUCCCUGCUGCUACUAUGAUAAUACUUCCCUGGUCCACGUGUCUUUGUUCACCAGGUUGCAGAGACGACGUGGCACUGAGGUCUCUGCUGUGCCAGUGAUUUCUUGCAAUGGUCACAUUGUGAUGACAUUGCUGGAGCUGGGUAAAACAGAGACUGGCAUUGGGGCCAGGGAAGCUUUGGCACUGGACUGGCAGGGGGUUGGUAAGAUGAGUAUUAUGCCUUUUGUUAUCUUAUUCUAUUGUCAGCUGUUUGAAACUCCCCUUUAGCCAAGGGAGAAGUAUGACUCGUACAAUAAUAAAGACCCAAUUGGUCCAUCAAUUAUAUUUUAAAUGUA